AGAGUCUUCUGUUUCACUCUCAUAUUUCAGAAAGUGACUAUACAUAUCGAUACAGACACAAACCUAUAGACACGGAGGGAUACGCAGAGAUACUGGGAGAGAGCGAGAGAGAUUUAUCAGAGAGAUAGAGAGAUGGGGAAAGAUCUCAGCAACGAUCAAGUAUCAUCGAUGAAAGAAGCGUUCACGCUAUUCGACACCGACGGCGACGGCAAGAUCGCACCGUCGGAGCUCGGAAUCUUGAUGCGAUCUCUCGGCGGCAAUCCAACACAAGCUCAACUAAAGACGAUCAUCGCCGAAGAGAAACUCACCGCCGCUUUCGAUUUCAAUCGCUUCCUCGAGCUCAUGUCGAAGCAUCUGAAGCCUGAGCCGUUCGAUCGGCAGCUUCGAGACGCGUUUAAAGUGAUAGAUAAGGAUGGAACGGGAUUCGUUGCGGUUGCGGAUCUGAGGCAUAUACUUACGAGUAUUGGUGAGAAAUUGGAGCCUGCUGAGUUUGAUGAGUGGAUCCGUGAAGUUGAUGUUGGAUCUGAUGGUAAAAUUAAGUAUGAGGAUUUUAUUGCGAGGAUGGUGGCUAAGUGAUUCUGUGAACUGAAGUGGUGUUAUAUUUCUAGCUCAAGGAUGGACCAGUCUUUUUGCGGCAAAAGUCUUUUGUUCGCCUGUUUAGUGUGGUUGUGUUUUCAAUUGACAGCUUUCAGUUUCUGUCUGUCUUUUGUUCUAACAGUGUACAAUGUGUGCAUCCAACUUUAUUAAAAUUAACGUGUAUGUGAUGUUAUAGCAUUUCAGAACUAAUUUAGAAGGCUCCUGGUUUAUGAAGACAUUUUUGUGGAUUGUGGGUUUUGUGUGUGGAUAAUCUUAUUUCUUUUGCUGA